UAUAUUUAUUUAAAUGUUAAAUCAAAUUAUAUUUUACAAUUCUAACAUCGCAUUGUGUUUAUCGAUAAGCAUUUUGUUCUGUGUAUGAGCGCAUGAUCCUCUGAGGAUGAAUUUUUUGAGCUUUUAUCUUAAUAGCCGUACUCGGCCGCGCGUAGUUAUCAUUUUUAUGGAUACCUGCAGGCCCGAGUCUCUGAGAAUAUGGAUUAGCCAUCCGCGAAAUCGUAGAAACAUAGAAUCAGACCUGCUCAUCUUAACAUUACUCACCAUUGUUACGGUGGGAUUAGCCGCGGUGUGCUUUUUGGGUAUGCGAUACUUUAUCAUUGAGGGAAACAAGAUUGGAAUUUCCAAACCCUGGACGCGAGGGGCGAUAUGGUUCUUUUUGACCGUCGUGAUAUUAGGCUAUGUCACCACAGUUUACCUGCUCUGCAGGGACCAGGUGUCGCCGUGGUACAGGUGGUGGAAGAGCACCGUCAAUGUCAGACUUGUCGUGGAUCCUCAAUUGCUUCGCCGUCGACCCUCGGAUGAGUCCUCUCAGGAUCGCGAGAGUCACGAUGAGUCGAGGGAGACGGCGAUGUCUGUGGUCGAUACGUCAUAAAGAGAAUGUAUGCCGAUAAAAAGUGAAAGCAAGCCUGGCAGACAUAUAAAAAUAUAACUGUAAAAGUCCCAAGAUAUAAGUCACGAAUGAAAUAAACACGAAUAUUACUUGCGCAACAA